GCACUGUGUCCCUGCAUGGGCUGGUCCUCCUGCAGCCUCUCCUCCGGGAAUGCUGAUAAAAGGUGGGCAGGAAGAACGCUGCAAGGACGGAGAGUGUCCCACCAGGUCGUCCUGAACAUUCUUCACCAGUUAUCAGCUAUGGCACUUACACUGGUAUCCAUCUUAAUUGCUGUUGUCCCUGUGGCCUAUUGCUAUCCUACUGCCUUCCAAGACCUGGAGGAAACUAGCAAAAACAGAACCUCCAUUAAGUUCCUGGCUGUAGGAGACUGGGGUGGAGUGCCUUAUCCCCCCUACAUCACUGCUGUGCAGAAGGCUACUGCUCGAGAAAUGAGCAAAAUAGCAGAACAGAUGGGAGCUGACUUUAUUCUGGCCCUUGGUGACAACUUCUACUACAAAGGUGUGGACAGUGUGGAUUCUCCUCGAUUUAAGGACACAUUUGAGUCUGUGUACACUGCGAAGUCUCUCAGAAUCCCCUGGUAUGUGAUUGCUGGAAAUCACGACCAUGCAGGGAACGUCAAAGCCCAGAUCGACUACAGCCACAAAUCUGACAUAUGGAAGUUUCCCUCUUACUAUUAUGAGCUGGACUUCCACAUCCCCAAUACGGGGAAGACCUUGACCAUCAUCAUGCUAGACACCAUAAUACUGUGCGGCAACUCCGACGACUUCGCAGAUGAGAAGCCCAGAGGCCCCCUGCAUGCAGUGGAUGCCAACCGUCAGCUGACAUGGCUGCAGGAGAGACUGGCUCUGUCAAAGGCAGACUUCCUGUUGGUGGCCGGCCACUACCCUGUGUGGUCUGUGUCCGAACACGGGCCCACAGAGUGCCUUCUUCAGAGGCUUAAUCCUCUGCUCAUCAAAUACAAGGCCACUGCUUACCUCUGCGGCCAUGACCACAAUCUGCAGUACAUAGAAGAUUCUGGUUUGGGCUAUGUUGUGAGCGGUGCUGGAAACUUCCUGGAUCCUGAUGUCACUCACUGGAACAGUGUUCCCAAAGGUUCUGUGAAGUUCUUCAGCGGCCAAGCUUCAACGCUGGGAGGCUUCGUCCAUGCAGAAGUCACAAAGAACCAGAUGAUCGUGACCUUCUACCAGGCUAAAGGCACUUCUCUCUAUCGCACGGUCCUCUCUGAAAGGAACUUUGAGUAGACUAGCUAACAAAGGAAUUUAGUUCAAAUUUAAUUACAUACAGCAUUAGUAAGCAGUGUAGUGUGAGAUUGGCGUAAUGGCUGUUAAUCCUGUGGGUUUUUAAGUUUGGCAUUAAUAUUUCAAAGCAAUUGCUGCGGCUUUUAAAUUUGUUUUUACAUGUAAAUUUACUGUAUGAUAAAGGGAUGUGGUUUUUAUUUUUUUAAGAGUGUGGGGUUUUUGUUUUUUUUUUCAUCUGCAAUGGAAAACUAAUCUGUUUCUGUACAGAAAUCUGAAAUAAAUUUGGGUGCUGUAGUAAACUGUUUUGAUCAAUGUGA